AAUAAUUGGGCAUGCGGUUAGCAGAAGAAACAUGUGGCGAAGCUUGCUCAAAUUGAGGAAAUGCAAUCACAGUUGGUUAUAGCUUUGGAUAUACGCAGAUGAAAUGCGUUAGUCAGAUAGUUCGAAAAUGGCGAAAUCAAGCGCGGACGACGCAGAGCUACGUCGAGCAUGCGAGGCGGCAGUCGAAGGCACGAAACACAGGGUGGUUAUGUCUAUACGCGUCGCCAAGAUCCAAGCUGCCCAGGGUGUUUGGGCUAAAUCCGCCAGAUUAGGUCGUGGUGGUGGUGGCGGCAUGGCUAAACCUAGAGUCCUCGCCAUCUGUACAAAGCAAAAACCACAGCGAACUAAAGCUUUUCUUCGAGUCUUGAAAUAUUCCAGUGGAGGAGUUCUUGAGCCUGCAAAAAUAUACAAGUUAAAACACCUCUCAAAGGUGGAAGUUGUGAGCGAAGACCCAAGUGGAUGUACAUUUCAGCUGGGGUUUGAUAACCUUAAAAACCAUAGUAUGGCUCCACCUCAUUGGACUAUGCGUAAUGUUGAUGACAGAAACCGUCUUGUCAUGUGCAUUUUUAACAUCUGCAAAGACGCAUUAGGCCAUGUCCCUAAAGUUGUCGGUAUAGAUAUUGUAGAGAUGGCUCUUUGGGCAAAGGAUAAUACACCUGCAGUCACUAAUCAGCAGAAAGUCCAAGAUGGAUCACAAGUACAAAAAUCUGAGGAGGUGGAAGACAAUGCCAUGAGAGUGACUGUUGAAAAAGAGCUCGUGUCUCAAGCCGAAGAAGCUGACAUGGAGGCCCUUUUAGGCACCUAUGUUAUGGGAAUUGGCGAGGCAGAGGCUUUUUCAGAGCGUUUGAAGCGUGAACUUCAAGCUUUAGAAGCUGCGAAUGUGCAUGCCAUUAUGGAGAGUGAACCUUUGUUAGAAGAGGUACUGGAGGGACUCGAGGCUACCUCCAAUUGUGUGGAUGAUAUGGAUGAAUGGCUCACCAUAUUUAAUGUAAAACUUAGACACAUGAGAGAGGACAUUGAGUCGAUAGAAACUCGCAAUAACAAACUGGAAAUGCAGUCUGUAAAUAAUAAAGCUUUGAUUGAGGAACUUGAUAAGCUUCUUGCAAGAUUACGUAUCACUCCUGAGCAUGCGACCUGUCUGACGGAAGGUUCAUUUGAAGAGACACCGAUGGCUGAAAAUAUUGAGGCAUGUGAGUGGCUAACUAGUGCUUUACGCAGUCUGCAGGCACCUAAUCUGGAUCCCUGUUACGAGAAAACGCUAGCUGUCAAAGAGAAACGGGCAGAACUUCAAAUAUUGAGAAGUACCUUUGUCCAGAGAGCAUCUGAGUUCUUGAGAAUCUGUUUUGCCAAUUUGGUGGAUUUUAUGUUAAGUGAUAAGAAUUACUUUUCUCAGCGGGGACAAUUGAAGAGGCCUGAUCAUUCUGAUCUGAGAUAUAAAUGCAGAACAUAUGCUCGCCUUCUGCAGCUGCUAAAGUACCUUGAUAAAAAUUGCCUGGCCCCAUUAAGAAAGGCUUAUUGUAGCUCACUGAAUUUGCUUCUACGACGUGAGGCACGUGAAUUUUCAAAUGAACUUCGUGCUAGUACAAAAGUGCCAAAAAAUCCAACUGUGUGGCUUGAAGGUUUCAUAGGUUCUGGUCAAAGUGCGAAUAAUGUUGAUACUUCUAAUGUAUCAGAGGCUUAUAAUAAAAUGCUGACAAUAUUUGUCCCACUCCUGGUAGAUGAGAGUACCUUUUUUGCACACUUCAUGUGUUUCGAAGUUCCCGGACUUGCUCCGCCAGGUGGUCCUGCCAAUGGCAAGAAUGAAUCUAAUGAUGAUGAUGCCAAUGAUGAUAAUUUAGGAAUAAAGGACAUUAAUGAUAGUGACAACAAAAAGGGUAAUCAAAUUUCGGAGCUGCCAGCACUAAAUGAGUCACUUCGUGAUUUGCUUGAUGGAUUACAAGAAGACUUCCAUGCUGUGGUAGAUUGGGCAUUUAAGAUUGAUCCUUUGCGGUGCAUAUCUAUGCAUGGAAUUACAGAGCGGUUUCUAUCUGCUGAGAAGGCUGAUGCUGCAGGAUAUGUGCGACUCUUGCUUGAUGACCUUGAAGAUAGAAUUGCUACGCAGUUUUCUCGUUUUGUAGAUGAAGCUUCUCACCAAAUAGAAAAAAAUGAGAAAAAUGUUCGGCAGUCGGGUGUCCUGCCAUACAUACCAAGGUUUGCAGCACUUGCGACCAGGAUGGAACAGUACAUCCAGGGACAAUCUAGGGAUCUAGUUGACCAGGCUUACACUAAAUUUGUAAGCAUAAUGUUCGUGACUUUGGACAAAGUUGCUCAGGCAGAUCCCAAAUAUGCUGAUAUAUUCCUUCUAGAGAAUUAUGCUGCAUUUCAGAAUAGUCUGUAUGAUCUGGCUAAUGUUGUGCCAACUUUAGCGAAAUUUUAUCACCAAGCAAGUGAAUCUUAUGAACAAGCUUGCACACGCCAUAUCAGUGUGAUCAUAUAUUAUCAUUUUGAACGUCUGUUCCAAUUUGCUCGAAAGAUUGAGGACUUAAUGUACACGAUUACACCAGAAGAGAUCCCUUUUCAACUUGGAUUGUCAAAAGGAGAGCUGCGGAAGGUGGUUAAAUCCAGUUUAUCCGGGGUUGAUAAGUCCAUCAUGGCAAUGUAUAAGAAGUUGCAGAAGAACUUAACCUCAGAGGAAUUGCUUCCUUCUUUAUGGGACAAGUGCAAGAGUGAAUUUCUGACCAAGUAUGACAGCUUUGCUCAGCUUGUGGCAAAGAUAUACCCCACUGAAAAAAUACCAUCUGUAUCAGAAAUACAAGACAUUUUGGCAUCAAUGUAGAGAGGAUAUAACCUGUAGAUUAGAUUUGUGUAAAGUCCAUCCCAGCAAUAAAAUUUCUAGUCUUGGUUGUUUUUGAUCCAUUCUGAACUACUUGAUGACUGUACAUUAGAUUGGUGUAAAGUCCAUCCCAGCAAUAAAAUUUCUAAUCUUGGUUGUUUUUGAUCCAUUCGGAACUACUUGAUGACAAUUUGAAUAUGCUUCAUGCUUUUAUCUGUUUGUUGAUGCCUGUGUAAUUAUUUAUCUCAGAAACCAC